UUUCCUAACAAAUAAACAAAACCGUCCGACCCAAAAGUCCAAACCCACAAGUUUUUUCUGAAAUCAACAAAAUCCUAGAAAACCCAAAAACCCUUUAUUUCUUGACUUCUUUUCUUCCCUAGCACACAGAUAGAGAGUGAAUUAAGCAGAGAAGAUGGUGGUUAGGCUAAGAUUGGCGCGGUUAGGAUGCCGAAACAGACCCUUUUACAGAGUAAUGGCAGCAGAUAGCAGAUCCCCCAGAGACGGUAAACAUAUUGAAGUUUUGGGUUAUUAUAAUCCUUUACCAGCUCAAGAUGGCGGCAAACGAAUGGGUCUUAAUUUCGAUCGUGUGAAAUAUUGGCUAUCAGUUGGUGCACAACCUUCGGAUCCAGUGCAGCGUCUUCUAUUCAGGGCAGGGUUGCUACCACCACCACCCAUGGUUGCAAUGGGACGGAAAGGUGGGCCUCGUGACACACGUCCAGUGGAUCCCUUGACUGGACGAGUCAUGACGCCUGAACAACCUACUAAAGCUAGUAAGGAAUCUGUAGAUGAACAACCAUGAAUGACUAAACAUUGGUCUUGGGAAUCUGCAGUGCUGGGGCUGGUCUUUUUAGGUAAAGUUUAGAACUAGGCAUAAUUUCCCAGUGAUAAUGAGAAUCUACGUUACUAUAAUCUCAUUGGCUGUUUCUGCUAUUAAUGUAGCAAGUUUCUGUAAUGACUUGGUGCAUCUUUGAUGCUAUAGAUUGGCAUGAUAAAUUUAUGGCGUGUAAAAGAAAGUUGUUUUCUGAA